AUGAGCAAUAAGCGCUUCACCGUCAACCCCUUCGGGGAGUUGACGCUGACAGCUGAAGACCGCGCCAAACUGCUCGAACUCGCUGACUCCAUCGCUCUCGCCAAGGUCGACGAGUAUGAAGAGUAUCUCAACAACGACAAGCAAGUGGACCUCAAACGCUGGAAGAAGUUCACGAAUUCAGGCGCUACAACGUCGUACCUCGAGCGGAAGAAGGUGAACCCGACGUCCAAGAUGCCGGAGACGCUCAUGGUCGGCCCGUUACCCGGUACUCUGGACGAGAACAUGUUCGGACUCAUAAGCCCAACUCUCGAGGCCAUGCGGAUCAAGUCGUCCUACUUAAACGACUUCAGUGCAGCAGCCGUUCUCGCUACUCUAGCGGAGCCGACGGAGGACGAGCCUUUUCGAUCCGUAGUGGUUAAGUGGAUGGAGAUCGAUAUCCCCGGAGCCUCUAUCGGAAUCGUACGCAACCGCGACUACGUCUACCUUGAGAGCACAGGCAUCAUGCAUACAGCGAGCGGUGGUCGCGUGGGGUAUCACGUUCUCCACUCUGUCAACUUUCCCCAAACUCACAAACUACCGAGCAGAAUUCGCGGCAAUAUGUCUCUUUGCUGUAUUUUCCACCAAGAGGGGCCCGAUAAGACGGACUGUCGCGGUACGGGCAUCAUGGAGCCGGGAGGGGAUAUUAUUCGAGUUGUGGCGGUGAUGGGGAUGGUUCAUGCGACGAUGGCGGGGCUGAAAUACUCGUACUGCGGUCAGAUGAAGAAAUUGGCGUGGUUGCUAGAGCAGAAACACGCCGAGUAUAGGGAGAACGGGGUCCCCGAGACUGGACACGAGUGUGUGACGUGCUCGAAGGUGACCAAGACGUCGAGGUUCGGCAAGUCUCGCAGCACAUGCAAGUUGUGUUUUGGGUCGUUGUGCGGUUCGUGCAAAGUCUCCAAGAAGCUGACCUUUAUUGCACCCGACUUGGAGCUCUCUCAGAGGAAAGUGAGCUUCUGUGUCAAGUGCUUGAUUGACGCAACCAAGUUGGAUACGCUGGAAGCUGCGCGCCAGGAACUAGUCGACAAGGAGAACAUCCAAUCACGAACUUGCGGUCUUCCCCUCGAGAAGCACAAAAGCCGAGCACAGAGCUCGUUCAAGAUCUACCGACGAGCCCGGCUCACACUUUGGACCAUGGCGCGGCAGCCGAACCCGCCCACGACUGUCUCGCUGGCUGACGAGUUACGCGGGCACGUCGUCCGCUUGGAGUGCCCUCCCUUCGUCGAGGACGACUCUGUGCGCCGCCCCGGGUGGCUAUGCAACCUCAUCUACUACAGAUUCGACCACGACGCUGCGCGCGAGCGCCGCGGCGACGACCAAGAUCCCGAUGACCGUGCAGUGAUCCCAUUCGGCCGCCUAACCCGACCCUUCGAGGACUUGAAGGACGAGUGGCGCGACCGCCCGUUAUUAAUGCUAUUUCGGUUUGUUCGCUUCAAAAUCUGCUUUCUCGCUGCAGUUGAUGACCGUGGUGCCCGCGGCGGCACCACUUUCGUUGAAACUCCCUUGGAAGUGUACCUCGUUGGUCAGGUGGUGGCGUACCGACCUUGUUCCCGUUUGACUUUCACCACCCAGUCUGGCGCGCGCCUCCGCCUCACAGCGAGCUUCGCGUGUGUCGUCGCAGUACGGCAACCAGCUACAGCUCCAGCCGCUCAUGUCCUCAUCCCAUGCAACGUGGCAUGGGAGAACCAGAUCUCUCGUGAUGAAUUUGUUGUGGGCUGGUGUCAUGGUGUGCCGGCGACCUCCAGUCCAAACCGGCACACGCCUCGUUUUCACUCGCGUUGGAGAGAGCUGGAGAUUGGAUCUGUGAACAAUGAUGAACUACAACGACAACUUCAAGAGGUCCUGGUUCCCGCUGGCUCCGACACCACCUUUGACUUCAGCUCGGCCUCCAUUCCUGUCAUUUCGGAGUUUGGGCGCAUUUUAACAGUGUGUCCGCUGGAUUAUGUUCGCAAAUACAUCGGGCCUUCGGGUUCCAAUGCCCGCCGCCUCGACGGGGAUGAAGAUAGCGACUCUGAUGCCCCUGCAGAUGUGCUGGCGGUGGGUCUUUCGCGUGGACGUCCCCUGCCUCGUGAAUCGCCGGUGAUUGUUGGCAUGAGAUCGCCGCUGCAGUUGGCGCCCCCUGUUCCGGCUCACGGAUAUCUCACGGGCUCAGGACCGUGA